AUUGCGACAAUGAGCUGGUUCCUUAAUUCCUGGACUUUUCUGCUUACCUUGGCCUUGGUGAGUCAGGUGUGUGGUUACUCCUACCUGAUGGUGUUGCACACCGCCUCAAAGUCACAUCACGUUGUGGGGGAGGCACUGGCAAAAGGGUUAACAGCUGCCGGCCAUGAGGUCACCCUGAUAUCACCUUUUCCCCAAAAGAAACCUGUGAAGAACCUCAUCGACGUAGACACGCCGAACACUAUCAAAGUAAUGGGAGUUUACAAGGCGAGGAUCUUACAAAAUGCCCAGAAACCUUUGGUAAUUCGCUAUCCCUAUAUGCAUGGAAUGGGACUGGAUCUAACAGAGGCUCUCUUGGUGGCCCCGGAGGUGCAGGAGCUCCUGGGACAAAACCGAACCUUCGAUGCGGUCAUCUGCGAGACAUUCAUGAACGAUGCCCACUAUGGGUUCGCAGAGCACUUUGGAGCACCGCUGAUCACGUUGAGCACUCUAGGAGCCACUGGCUGGACCUCAGAUCUAGUGGGCACUCCCUCUCCACCGUCGUAUGUUCCUCAUAGCUUACUGCCAUUCGAUGACCACAUGGAUUUCUGGCAGCGAGCCCAGAAUCUAGGAUUCCAGGCAUACGAAUACAUUUACCAAAACUGGGUCAAUCUACCCAGGCAAGAGGCCUUGUAUAGGAAAUACUUCCCCAGCAAUAAGCAGGACUUUUAUGAGAUGCGCAGAGGCACUUCGUUGGUUUUGCUAAACACUCACGUUUCUCUAAGCAAUCCUCGUCCCUAUUCGCCCAAUAUGAUUGAGGUCGGAGGAAUGCACGUGAAUCGAAAUGACCCGAAGCCCCUGCCCGUGGAUAUUCGGGAAUUCAUCGAGGGAGCCGAGCACGGUGUGAUCUAUUUCUCCUUGGGCUCCAAUCUAAAAAGUAAGGACUUGCCAGAGGAGAAACGUAGAGCCAUUGUGGAGACCCUGAGAGGACUCAAGUACCGAGUGCUUUGGAAGUACGAAGAGGAAGACUUUGCCGACAAGCCUGCUAACGUGUUCGUAUCCAAAUGGUUCCCACAGGACGACAUUCUGGCCCACGAGAACGUGAUUGCCUUCAUAACCCACGGCGGACUCUUGAGCACCAUGGAGACUAUUUACCACGGCAAGCCGGUCGUGGGAAUACCCUUCUUCGGGGAUCAGUUCAUGAACAUGGCCCGAGCCGAGCAAUCGGGUUAUGGAAUCACCGUAAGAUACGGUCAACUCACCGCACCUCUAUUCCGUUCCGCCAUCGAUCGCAUCACAGGUGACCCCAGUUAUUUGCAGAGGGUCAAGGUCAUGUCCAGUCAGUUUAGGGAUCAGAAAGAGACCCCCCUGGAGCGCGCUAUUUACUGGGUGGAGCAUGUGGCACGGCAGAAGGGAGCCAAGUACCUGAGGAGUGCCUCGCAGGAUCUAAGCUUCGUGGAGUAUCACAAUCUGGACGUUUUAGCCGCAUUUUUUACAGUGUUGAGCUUAGUUUUGGUUUUAUUCGUGCUUCUUGUCCGAUUUGUUGCAUUAAAAGUGAAAGGUUGCACAGCGAAAAGUUCAAAACAUAAGAUUAAUUAAAUUAAAUAAGACACUUUAGUUAAUGUUAACUUUAUUAAAUUAAUAAACUAAUAAAAUAACAAAGAUGAUCUUGCAGA